AUGCAGCUGAACAGUGAAAUGAACACACUGUCACCUGAUAAACCGUACAAGACACAGUGCUCAAGUUUUAUGUACAACCGGGUGACCAAACUCUGUACGCCUGGGUCAGGUCUGAGUCCACUAUUUCCUCCACCCACGUCAACAGAAGGCGAUCUCUUCCUUGGAGACGGUUGUGACAGUAACCAGAAUUUCAGGUCUUUCAGUUACGGGGGCGAGACAACCUACGCCGCAUACUUCAACUCGUACCAAAACUUCACCGACGCAGAAACGACCUGCCAGUCUCUGGGUGGCCAUCUCUUUGUGGCCAAAACCCUGGCUAGGUUUGAUCUAUUCAAGUUCAUCGUCAACUCCACUGGCUGGGUGUGGAUUGGCCUGAACGAUAUACAGGUGGAGGGGAUGUUUGUUUGGGUGGACGAUGGUCAAGAGGUGGACCCAGUGGUCAAGACAAAUAUUUUCGAAACCAACCAACCGGAUAAUUGGGAAAAUGCCGACUGCGCCUACGGUUCGAUAUGGAACGGACGUUUUGUUCUGGACGAUGCACCUUGCUCAGGGUUCAUGACUUACGUCUGUGAAAAGCGUUCCUGUUGAAUUAUACUUAAUGACGUUGUACGAAUCACUGGAGCAUUUGUAUUAUGGUAUUGCCCAUCUCUUUUGAUCAGUGCAGGUACAAGACACAGUAAGAGAGCUUCACGUA